AAAGAUUCUUUGAGGUGGCUUAGACGUACUACCUUCGAUCCUACAAAACCCAUCAAGGUGGUAUUUUUGGGUGAGGCUGGAAUCGAUACCGGGGACUCAAACGGGAGUUUUGGAGACUUGUGGCAGACGGUGCAGCUGUUCGGCUUCUUCAUGGCCAAAGUGGACACCUAACUGCAAGACAUUCCAUCAAUGCACUGCAGGCACACCAGCGCGUAUAAUAUUAGAAGUUACACUCCGACCUGGUCAGCAGUCUCAAGCGAUGGCAAAUAGUAUUGUACUGUACUUCUAGGACAAAGAAUUCUUUGGAUUCGGCCAGCUAAUAGCUCUUAGUCUGCCUCAAGAUGGAUCGGGCUUCCCCAUUUUUUCAGCUAGCGUUUACAGUUACAUAGCGGGAGAAGACGCUAUGGAUGUUGAUGUAAAAGUUGAGGAUGUAGCAGACGUUACUACUAGAGUUCUCCUUGAAACUAUUCAGACGGCUACAUCAGACCAACAAAUCAGAGAGAUCGUGACCACAGAUGACGCCCUAGAUAUUUUAAGCGAUUGCGGUUACGACAAGCCAUUGUCGAAUGUCAGAUUUGCUGACAAAACUAAUCUUAUCAAAGUAGCAGCCACACAUCAUUGCCUUCUUUCGGUGAAAGCCGAAUUAGACCAGCUCAAAGAAGGACUGCAAGUUCUAGACGUGCUAAGCUUGAUAUCUAAACACAGAAAAGCCUUCGAGCCCUACUUUUGCCUAGAUAACUCUCGGACACUUACAGCAAAUCAAAUUGAACAGCUCUUCAAAACAGUUCGGUUUACUGAAGAUAAUGCAGAGAUAAGAGAGAAAGAAGAAGCUGCGUUUGUGAACUUUUUAGACUUUUUGACAGAGUGCGAAAGCAAGAGUAUCAAAUAUGAUAUUGAGAAAGGCAGAGUUAUAGAAAUUGCAUUAGGCCAUGUCCUCUCAUUCUUCUCCGGCACUGAAGCCAUACCUCCUCUAGGAUUCAGCUUGACACCAUCUAUAGAAUUUACACCGGGCAUCCUACCUCGCGCCUCUACUUGUACUUUGACUCUGAUGUUGCCAACUGAUGCGCACGACUGCUACCAAUCCUUUAAAGAAGGAAUAGUCUGUGGCCUUGUUAACCAUGGAGGCUUUGGUGAAGUUUGAGCUAUUACAACUAGUAGUGUGUUUGAGGCAGAGUCAGACUAGCAUGAUACCGUGUACCUUUCAAAACUUAGAUAAAGUUAAAGUAACAGAUUUAAUAUGAGAGAAACUAGUGCUUUGCGUUACUGAAAUCAUUACUAGAGCAAUGUUCUACAAUAGUACAUUUUACCUACUAUGUAUGAUCUGCAGCGAUAUUGGAGAAUGCUAAUAACUUCCAGAUAUAUAUUUAAUCCAAAGCUAUCACUAGGUGCUAAAGGAUCAAUCCGUUGCAGGUGAUGGUAAUCCACUGAAGAAGG